ACUGCAGCGCUGCUGAAGCAGAACGCUAUGGUGGGUUUGAGCCAACAUGGCGGCUCGAGGGCUGUAGUUGCAGACACGCCCCCUGUGAGUCAGAGGGUUUUAGGAGCGCUACUGUAAUGACAGCUCAAAGCUGUCCACGUCAACACUGUGCUACCACCAUGGACUCCGCGGCUCUGGAGCCCUCGCUCUACACUGUGAAGGCUGUCUUCAUCUUAGACAACGAUGGAAAUAGACUUCUUUCAAAGUACUAUGAUCCAGAACUCUAUCCCUCAAUGAAAGAGCAGAAGAAUUUUGAAAAAAAUGUCUUCAACAAAACACAUAAAGCUGACCAUGAAAUUGCCUUCUUAGAGGGAAUGACGAUAAUCUACAAGAGCAGCAUAGAUUUGUUCUUCUAUGUAGUUGGCAGUGCUCAGGAGAAUGAGCUCAUGCUGAUGGCAGUGUUGAACUGCUUAUUUGAGUCUCUCAGUCAGAUGUUGAGGAAGAAUGUGGAGAAAAGGACUCUGCUGGAUAAUAUGGAUGGAGUGUUCCUAGUGGUGGAUGAAAUCAUCGAUGGAGGGGUGAUCCUGGAGAGUGACCCCCAGCAGGUAAUUGAAAAGGUCAACUACAGGGCAGAUGACAGCCCAUUAUCAGAACAGAGUGUGGCACAGCACAUCACUGAAAAACUGGCUCUCACCUCUAAUGUGUUACAGUCAGCAAAGGAGCAGAUCAAGUGGUCAAUUCUAAAAUAACAUUUUCCAUGACCUCUGAAGGAAUCUGUAAAUUAUUGCAAGGGAAUUUCAUUUUUUAUUUUUAAUGAGUUGUAAUGUAAUUAAUUAUUAAAAUAGUGCACAUGGGUAGUUACGUCUCAUGUUUAGUGCUGAUAUAUUUAUACUUUUUUGUCAAAUUUAGGUCAUUUGUGUUUUUUAAAUGAUAUAAAGAGGCAUAUUUGCUCACUGGGCUCUGAACCAAAUAUCAGCCAAUACACAAAUACCUGUCUAUUUCCAAGGCAGCUUUAAAGCAAUUGCAAUUAUUUUUAACCUCUGGAAAUAUUGAUAUAUUGCUGUUCUGUUUAGAGGAGGUACAGUUAUGUUUUCUUUCAGCAUAGCCUCUCAUUUAAAUGGUCACAUAUUAGAAAACUUAUAAUUUUCUAAACUUGUCUUUUAUCAGUUUAGGUAUUUUUGUUUUGCUUUACAACCCUUUUGUCAAAAAAUAAUUGGCAAAGUUCUGUUACACUAGACCUAUAUAUAACUAAAUAUUUUGUAUAUGUGUUUUUUUAAUGAGGAAAGGGCAAUAUUAUGAAAUUGGUAUGAGCCAGUUAGAGGCACUAAUAUUAUGGUAUAGUCCACUAUAAUAAUUAAUAAUUGUCUGACAAGCCACAACUAAACACUACAUGUACUGUAGUUUAGAAGUAUGAAAAGUAGCAUUUAAAAGGUUGAUAAAAAAAGUAUUUUGUUUUGGGUAUUAUAUAAAAUAACAAUGAGUAACAUUUCCAUAUUUUAUUUUCUAGUCAAAUAAACUCUGUGUAUUCUGUUGUUUAAUUUUUUAAAACCAUGGUUUCAGGAAAUAAUUGUGCACAAAAAUGUCAUUUAACUAA